AUGGAUGUUUUCAAAUUGAAAAAAAUCUUAUAUAAAUUUUUAGAAAAUGAAAAUGAAUUACAAAUAAAUUAUGAUACUAAUGAAGAUCAAGCAUACUUUAAAGAGAUAAAAGGAAGCUCAAAAAAAAAUUCCAGUAAUAUAUAUAGGCCAUAUAAUUAUGAAUUAAAUAGAACAUUAGAAAAAAAGAAAGGAUUCUUAGAUAUAGAAAUGUCAUCAAAAUAUGAGCUUUUUCGUUUCUUUAGUAAGUAUUAUUAUAAUAAAGAAUUUUUAGGAGAAAGAAAAAAAGAAAUAAAUAAUAACAAAGUAGUAUUAGGGGGAUAUACUUUUAAAACAUAUGGAGAAGUAAAAAAUGAGAUAGAAAUAUUAGCAUCAGCUCUUUAUCAAUUUGAAAAUAUUGAAUAUAAUAUUUUUGAUGAUAAUGGAAUAUAUAAUAAAUUAAAAAUAUUAGGAAUUUGGUCAAAAAACAGAAUAGAAUGGUUCACUACUGAUAUGGCUUGCUCAGCUAUUGAUUUUGUAACUGUUCCAAUUUAUGAUACAAUGGGAAUAAAUUCAGUUAAGAAUAUUUUUAAAACAACAAGAAUGAAAAUAUGUUGUAUUGAAGCAGAAAAAUUGGAAUGCCUAAUAAAAUUAAAAGAUGAGUUGAAUGAAUUAAAUAUAUUAAUUAUUUAUGAUGAGUGGAGUUUAAAAGAAGAUAUAAAAGAAAAAGCUAAUGAAGCUGGAUAUAAAGUAUAUUUUUAUAAAGACUUAAUUGAUGAAUAUAAAAAUAAGAACAUCAUUCCCCAGUAUUAUCAUUACGAUAAAACAUUCCCUAAUGGGAACAAUAGAAAUAAUAGUAGUGAAAACAAUAAUAAUGAUAAUAAUAAAUUAUCAAGAAAUAAAAAGGACAAAUAUAGUUCUGAUAAUAAUAGUGAUACGGAUAGCUUCAAUCAAAAACAAAAUAAGAUAAGAAAAAUUUCAAAUGAAAAUGAGGAAAAUGAAAAAAUGGAUAAUCGAAAUAAUAAAAAAGAUAUAAAUGAAAAUGAGGAAGAAGAAAUUAGUGAAAAAAAUAAUAAUUCUACUCAGAAUAAUAUAGAAGAAACAGAUACGAAUUUAGUGAAAAUAAAAAAAAACAAAGGCAAUAUAAAUGAUGUGUGUACAAUAAUAUUCACUUCAGGUUCAUCAGGCACUCCAAAGGGUGCUAUGAUAACACAUUAUAAUUUUAUUACAUUUUUACAAAGUUAUUUAAUAGAUGGCAAUAGAUUAGGAUUAAUGAAAUAUGAUGUUAUUUUUAGUUAUUUACCUUUAGCGCAUGUAUAUGAGCGAUUUAUUGAAUUUGCCGUAUGUUUUUUUGGAGCAAAAAUUGGAUAUUUUUCUGGAAAUAUAAAAGAAUUGGUCAAUGACAUGAACGAAUUGAAACCAACAUUUUUAAUAACUGUUCCUAGAAUAUUACAAAAAAUUUAUGAUAAUAUUAUGGAAGGUUUAAAAAAUAGAUCUUUUAUAACAAGAAUUCUAGUAAAAACAGCAAUAAAAAAUAAGAAAAAUAUUUAUUUAAAAAAUUCUAAGAAGUUUAGUCACAAAGUUUAUGAUUUAAUUUUACAACCAAUUAGAAAUAAAUUCGGAGGAAAUAUAAGAACACAAGUAAUGGGUUCUUCGUCAAUGGAUAAAAAUAAGCUCACUGAAUUACAAAUGAUUUUUUCAUCUCCUAUAUCGGAAGGAUGGGGAAUGACUGAAGUAGGUAUUAGUUUUUUACAAAAUCGAUUUGACAGCACUAAGGGAACAAUUGGUGGCCCUUUUUCUAAUGUUGAAUUUAAAGUUUCUAAGGUAGAAAAUACAGAAUAUGAUCCUAAGAAUUAUCCCAAUAAAGGUGAGUUAUAUAUUAGGGGAAGUGGUGUUAUGGCUGGAUAUUUUCGAAACGAAGAACUGACUAAAAAGUCAUUUGAUGAAGAUGGUUUUUUUUUAACAGGAGAUGUUGUCGAGAUAAAUGAAAAUAAUAAAUAUGUUAGAAUUAUUGAUAGAGCGAAAAAUAUUUUUAAAUUAGCUCAAGGGGAAUAUAUAGAACCGGAAAAAUUAGAAAAUAUAUAUUCAAAUAGUUUUUAUAUAGAGAAUAUAUUUGUUCAUGGAUAUAGCUAUGAAAAUGAAUUAGUUUCUAUCAUUGUCCCUAACCAGAACAGUGUCCUUGAUUAUGCUAAACGAAAUAAUCUGAAUUUGCCUUAUGAAGAACUACUAAAAUCUGAUGCUAUUCAUAAACUCUUUUUUGAAGAACUUUUAAAUAUUUCCAAAGUUAAUAAUCUGAAUGGAAUUGAAAAAAUUCGUUUAUUUCAUUUAACGCAUAUUCCAUUUACUGUAGAUAAUAAACAACUUACCCCAACACAUAAAAUUGUUAGAAAUGUUAUUUUAAAGGAUUAUGAAAACAUUGUUAAUGAUUUGUACGAAAACAGAAAAAAAUAA